GACUCUUUACAGUAUUCUCGUCCGAGUACACUUACCCACAGUAGAAUCAUCUGUUCAUCUUCAGCCCACGAGUAAACUCGUUGAUUUAUCUCGGUUCUCGGUUCAAAUGAGCAUGAAUAUGAUGAUGCCUGUGACAUUUUGGAUGGCUAUUCUGUCACUGUAACAAAGUUCUACCUCGUGGCAGGCAAUCUCAUGCUAGGCCAAUAACAAAUUUCUGCACGCAGAUGUUGCUGGGCUCGUAAAUGACCAGCCGGGAUAGAUCCAAGGGCCGUCGGUCCGGUUCAUACACAUCUCCCAAGCACACCUACAUAUGCUACUCCGAGGGAUGAGAACUCGGCAUCCCUCGCCCAACUAACUAGCGCUCGGCAUUGGCCCCUGCAGGCUGUACACCGCCUACAAACAUCCAAAUCCAACCAACUAUUGACAGGCUCGGAAGCAAGAGGCAUGCCAUGGAAUGAAUUUAGUCUUAAACUUAGCCUCGUCCCUAUCAUCACCAUCAGCCCAUCUUUCUGUCUACUUUCUUCUCUAUCUCUCUCUUUCAACUACCAAACAAUCACGUCAGUGACAAUCAGACCUAUAGCCUAGAGGACCUCACAGUAUCGUGUAGGGAUUAUAGAUCGAUCGCUGCUCUACACAGGGCCGCGAUCACAGGACUACCGUCAAGACGUUUUCCAACUUGCUCAAUUCCGUGCACCAUCCCUACGCCGGAGGCCAUUGCUCUGCCUCUCCCGGUGGUGCAGGGGAUUUUGCUCAUACUCUCUAAGAUACUGCUCGCAUUCCGGUCUCAAAUCUGUCUUCUGCACUUGCAGCUUAGGCCACUCUGCAUAAGUUUUCAACAUGUUCGACCCUAUCCACGGCAAAAACAUGUCUCCUCAUGCCGAGAUGGAAGUCGAAGCCACCAACGGACACGGCAACGGCACUCAUCGAGUUGCCACCAUGCAACUGGGUUCUGCCAAGGAGGUCUUUGUCGUAAACUCGCCCAACGUGGUCUAUACCGAGCAUGAGAUCCGCUCCAAGUACACCUACCGCACCACCAUGGUGGCCAAGGGCGAUGAUGGCAGAUACAUUGCUCAGCCUAAGCAGACGGCCUAUGACUUCAAGGUGGAUCGCAAGGUACCCAAGGUCGGCGUGAUGCUGGUCGGAUGGGGAGGCAACAACGGGUCAACCAUUACGGCCGCAGUCAUGGCCAACCGCCGUGGGCUCUUGUGGGAGACUCGCGAAGGCGUUCAGAAGCCCAACUACUACGGAUCGCUGAUCAUGGGCUCAACCAUGAAGCUCGGCACGGAUGCCAACACGCUCAAGGACGUCAACAUCCCUUUCCACAAUGUGUUGCCCAUGGUUCACCCGAACGACCUCGUCAUUGGUGGCUGGGACAUCAGCGGCAUGAACUUGGCCGAUGCCAUGGACCGGGCUGGCGUUCUUGAACCUUCCCUGAAGAUGCAGGUGCGCAAGGAGAUGGCAUUGAUGAAGCCGCUGCCUAGCAUCUACUAUCCCGACUUUAUCGCUGCCAACCAGGACUCACGCGCGGACAACGUGCUACCAGGCUCCAAGGCGUGUAGCGGUCACGUUGAUCAGCUUCGUAAAGACAUUCGUGACUUCAAGGCAAAGAAUGGGCUUGAUAAAGUCAUUGUAUUGUGGACUGCCAACACUGAACGCUACGCUGCCGAGUUGGAUGGAGUCAAUGACACCGCAGACAACCUCCUCAAAUCGAUCGAGGGUGGAGAGCUAGAGGUCUCUCCCUCUACUGUUUUCGCGGUUGCCAGCAUUCUGGAGGGUGCCCCGUUUAUAAACGGCUCCCCACAGAACACUUUCGUCAAGGGGGUUAUUGAGCUCGCGGGCACUCACAAAGUCUUCAUCGGCGGUGAUGACUUCAAGUCGGGACAGACCAAGAUGAAGUCUGCGUUGGUCGACUUCCUAAUCAGCGCUGGCAUUAAACUGAAUUCGAUCGCCUCGUACAAUCACCUUGGAAACAAUGAUGGCAAGAAUCUGAGCUCGUACAAGCAGUUCCGUUCCAAAGAGAUCUCCAAAUCCACCGUCGUUGACGACAUGGUGGAGGCGAACAAUGUGCUGUACAAGCCAGGCGAGCAGCCGGACCAUACUGUGGUUAUCAAGUACAUGCCGGCCGUUGGGGACAGCAAGCGCGCGUUGGAUGAGUACUAUGGUGAGAUCUUUAUGGGUGGGCGCCAGACAAUUUCGCUCUUCAAUGUCUGCGAAGAUUCCCUUCUGGCAUCCCCGCUCAUUAUUGACCUUGUUCUCAUCACCGAGAUGAUGUCUCGAAUCCAGUGGAAGACGGAAUCGGAUCCCGAAGAUGGCUUCAGGAACUUCCACAGUGUGUUGUCAAUCCUGAGCUACAUGCUGAAGGCGCCGCUGACUCCGCCCGGCACGCCCGUCGUCAACGCCUUGGCCAAGCAGCGCGCUGCUUUGACCAACAUCUUCCGGGCGUGCCUCGGCCUGGACCCUGAAUCGGACAUGACUCUGGAGCAUAAGCUUCUUUGAAUCCGAACUCUGGUCAAAGUUGACACGCACAUUUUGUUAUCCGGGAAGCCGAGUCAAGGCCAAAAUUUUGCUGCCGACGUUUCCUGUUGCAGCAGUUGCACGACACACCCUCUUGUGCCAUGCCCCCUUUCUUUCUCAUCCACCCACUUGACUGCCAUCAUUCUUUCAAGGCAUAUAUAGUCUGCAAAAUAGACUUUUUUUUUCCUCUAUAACGACUUGAAGGACGCACAC